AUGGACAGCAGGAUCAAGGAAAAUCCAGAAAGUACGUUUGAUUUGGUACUCAAGGUAAAAUGCCAGGCUUCUGAAAAUGAAGAUCCGGUGGUACUGUGGAAGUUCCCGGAGGACUUCGGAGACCAGGAGGUGCUGCAGAGUGUGCCGAAGUUCUGCUUUCCUUUUGACAUUGAAAGGGUGUCCCAAAAUCAAGUAGGACAGCACUUUACCUUUGUGCUUACAGACAUUGAAAGUAAACAAAAGUUUGGAUUUUGCCGGUUAACAUCAGGAGGCAAAAUCUGCCUCUGUAUUGUAAGUUACCUGCCAUGGUUUGAGGUAUACUACAAGUUGUUAAAUACUCUGGCAGAUUAUUUGGCUAAAGAACAGGAAAAUGACUUGAAUGAUAUGUUAAAAUCACUGUAUAGCCACCCUGUGCCAAAGGCAAACACUCCUGUCAGUUUAAACGUGAAUCAAGAGAUGUUUUUUGCAAGUGAGCAAGUUCUGAAAAAUCAGCCGUACCUAGUAUCGCAUUCGUACUUCAUUACUCCUGAUCUAACUGGAUUGCCAACAAUCCCAGAAAGUAGAAAUCUUACUGAAUAUUUUGUUGCUGUGGAUGUGAACAACAUGAUGCAACUUUAUGCCAGUAUGUUGCAUGAGAGACGAAUCAUUAUUACCUCUAGCAAACUAAGCACUUUAACUGCUUGUGUUCAUGGGUCAGCUGCAUUGUUAUAUCCAAUGUAUUGGCAACACAUAUAUAUCCCAGUGCUUCCUCCACACCUUCUGGACUACUGCUGUGCACCGAUGCCAUAUCUAAUUGGAGUCCACUUAAGCUUAAUAGAAAGAGUAAAAAAUAGAUCACUGGAGGAUGUGGUUAUGCUAAAUGUUGACACAAACACUCUAGAAAACCCAUUUAAUGACCUGAACAACCUACCUAGUGAAGUGGUCUCAGCCUUGAAAAAUAAACUGAAGAAGCAGUCUACAGCUACGGGUGAUGGAGUAGCUAGGGCCUUCCUUAGGACACAAGCAGCAUUGUUUGGAUCCUACAGAGAUGCACUAAGAUACAAACCUGGAGAGCCUAUCACUUUCUGUGAGGACAGUUUUGUGAAGCAUCGUUCCAGUACUACCAAACAGUUCCUGGAAACUGCAGUGAAUCUUCAACUUUUUAAACAGUUUAUUGAUGGUCGACUAGCAAAGCUAAAUGCAGGAAGAGGGUUCUCGGAUGCUUUUGAAGAAGAGAUCACUUCUGGAGGCUUCUGUAGAGGAAAUUCAAGAUCUUAUCAGCAGUGGGUGCAUACAGUAAAGAAAGGAGGUGCACUAAUCAACACAGCUAUGACCAAAGCCAGCCCUGCUGUGAAGACAGCAUACAAAUUUGCAAAAAGUCAUGCAAAGCAGGGAAUGAAAGAAGUGAGGAGUAAGUUAAAACACAAGGAGAGUGAUGAAGAAUAUGGAACUUGUAGCUCUGGUGUACUACAGUGUGCGCCAGUGUACACCUUACACAAUCAGAAAAGAGGAAACUCAGAAAAACGAAGACUUGCCCAGACGCGUUUCAACCAACACCUUACCAAUGUCAGCAAUCAUGAUUCUGCCCUGGAUGACGAUGACGAUGAUGAAAUGGACAGAACAAGCAAGUUAUCGUCUGAAGACAGCGAGGAAGCUUCCGCUUAUUUUUAUGAUAGUGAUGAUUCUGGUGAAACAGGAGUAAAGUCUUAUCACACAGGAGAAAUGGACUUGCUGGGAGAGAUUUUGGACACGCUGAGCACACACAGUUCAGAUCAAGGAAAGCUCUCAGGAGCAAAGAGCCUGGAUUUCUUUAGAUCAACGGACGAUAUUGAUUAUAAGGCUAUGAACAAGUCUAGUGCACCUAGUGAGAGCAACCUCGCUCUGCUCUGUAGUGGUACUAAUGAUCCAGUGGAAUGGAAUCUUGGUCAGGAUGAUAGUGUUCUCCAGGGGAAACAGCUCCCUCCAUCUCCAAGAAAGCAAGUUGAUUUUAGUGACCAGAUGGAAUCUGUCUCUGUGCUGCAGGAGGAAAAUAAUGACAAAAUCCUUAGUGCUGACCAUGUGGAUUUCUCUAAAGAUUUUGUAACGUCAACUUCUCCAACACGAUCAGUUGCACAGCUUGCUUCUCUGGAAUUUUCCCAAGUAGAUGACUCCUUCCAUAGGAAGAUAAAACCGAAUGAAACACUAAGCAAUACCUCAGAGGAUCAGUUCCCAGUGAACCUUUGUCAACAUCCAUCCAUUCUAAUUCCUUGGCAAAAAGAAGGGGAUGAAGGAAAGGAAACCCCAGAAGAAAGCGGGCUUCUUCAUGAAGUUGUGUCAUUAUGUAAAAUGACCUCUGCUUUCCACCACAGUUUAAACAUUUCAGAGGAUAAUUACUCCAGUAAUAGCAGUGGAAAUAAAGUGUAA